AUGCGCUGCGCCAUACUUCUGUUCGCCUUUGCUGCGGCAUGUGUUCAUGGUCAAUCCCAGAGUUCUGGGUAUGAGGCUGCUGAGCUGUCUCAACCUGCACCCCCGGCUCCUGUUAGCGCAGAUGGUGGAGAUCAGCAAGCAUACAAUACGGACGGUGGCUCAAGAGGAGUUCCUCCUGUACCUUCAAGUGCAGGAUUUCCACCCUCACCUCCUCCACCUCCGCCACCGUCAUCACCUGCUCCUGAGAGCUACACAAGCUCUGCAUCUCCUGCUCCAAUUUUAGAAACGUCUAGCGCAGGAAGUGGAGACGCUUCUGUUGGAGCAGUAAGCCAAUAG